UAUUGUUUUUUAAAAUAUUGAAAUAUUUCUUGAAGAUUCUAAAUAAGGCAAACUAAGUUAACCAGAUUUCAUGGUCAACAAUUACUAGCUACUAAUUUAGUGUAAUUCAUUAUUUCUUUGCACGACAAUGUCGUGGAGUAUUUUGUAAAUGAAAUCAGAGCCUUGGAUUUGAAUGAAUGCUAGACUUAGUCUAUUGUGAGGUGUAAUAACAUAACUGGCAAUGCAGUCAGGAGCUGCGUGCCAGCAGUGGCAUAUUUGUUGUAGGCUUUUUAAAUCUGUUUAUGUCAUAAUCUACUACAAAUUGGUCUUUUACAGCUUUCAAAAUGAUGGCAAAAAAUAUUUUGGUGGGCUCAUUAGUACAUAAAUUUUCUUUUUUUGUAUUCAAUAUUAAAAUGUAUAGACAAACGUCUAAAGUCAGCCAAGACAAAUAUACACUGAACCUUUAUACCAAAUUAAUAAACUCAAAAUAAACAAAUGUUUCCAUGAACAUGCAAGUUUCAUAUCUUCAAUGCCUCGUAUCUUUCACAGAGUCCCUGUUUCUCAGUCCUUAAUAUUAAGCUUCUCCUAAAACAGAUGGAAAUGUCUGGUUGUGGCUCCUGAGUGGUGCAACUCCUCCAGAGAAAAUGCCUUUUUUUUCUUAAUACAGAAUCACUUCCACAGACACACUUUGGCCACAAAACCUUCACAAAACACUGGAAUUUUUCUAUUCGGUGGAAUACAUGUGAUAUUUAUAUACUCAAACACACAGAGGGAUGUAAUGGAUAUUCUUUCCAAUGAUUAGUGCUAAACUCUGCAAGCAAUGUGUGUUAAGCCUACAGUAGUUUCUUUCAUUUCAUUUCUUCCAGUUGCAAAGCACACUUUGCUUUCAAAAAAGAACAACUGUCACAACACACAGGGGUUGUGAUCCAAAAGCCUAAUAUUUACAUUAAUUUACAUUACAUUUUAUUUUUUUUAUGGUUAUCAUCAGAUGUGAACAGCAUCUGCAUGCUCUAAACUGUCUCACCCUGAGAGCGGAAAGAUUAGAAAACUGUAUGAUUUUAUGAGGUGUUUUGCAACCACACACCCUAUAAACCCCACUGUGGUCAGGGCUCUUAUGCAGGGUAUUUUCAGUUGUGUGUAUACGAGAUCUUUCUGCAGAAAGCAAUACAGGACAUACUGAUCCCAAGAGCCGACAGGACAAACAGUUACUAAAGUGAUCAAAAUGGAGAUGAGAAACUAUGCUUGGCGCUCACAGCAUCAGGAGCAACAACCCAGGAAGCUGGACUACAAAGAGCGCUGUUUGAACAGAGUGGCUGCAGUGGGUUUGGUCCUACUGUGCAUUCUCCUGACUGUUGGCAUCAUACUCCUCGCUACAAAGCUCACCCAGAUACAGAUCCGUUACAAAGCCCUGAGUGGAAAAUUACAGAUUACCCACAGCAACCUGAAAAAACAGAUUGGUUGCCUCAACCUGACCAAACAGAUUGACCAGUUACAGAAGGAGAAGGUUGCACUUCAGAAGCAGCUAACAAUUAUAGCUGCACAGCCCAGAGUAGGAUGGGUCAACUUUGGCUCCAGUCAUUACUUUUUCUCUACUGAGGAGAAGAGCUGGAUUGACAGCAGAGAGGACUGCAUAAAGAAAGGGGCUGACCUUGUGAUCAUCAGCAGCACUGAGGAACAGAAGUUUAUCAUUAAGGAGCUGGACAGAAAAAAUGCUUGGAUUGGUUUAAAUGACAGAGCCUCAGAGGGGGCCUGGAAAUGGGUGGACGGUUCAGCACUGACCCAAGGGUACUGGUCGAUGGGAGAACCGAAUAAUUACGAUAAUGAGGACUGUGCUGAAAUUAUGGCUUAUUCAGAGAAAAUAGGUUGGAAUGAUGUGGACUGCAAUAAUAAAGGGAAGUGGAUCUGCGAGAAACCACAGGGGAUUUAGUGGUAAGGUGAUAAGUUAUAUGAUAAACUGUUCAGUGAUAAUGCAAUAAUGUAACCCAGUGUCUGUGUGUUGUGUCCUCAGACUGCCAGCAGACCAAAGUGUACAGAGAUGCAAAAUCUCGCAAACAAAAAUCUCAGAUAUGAACCUCAGCAUCUUUAAAAGACAGAAGCUUGUGAAAUUCCAUAUAAAGCAAAAAAAAAAAAUAAAAUAAAAAAAACAGAUUUUCCUUUCAUCUCUCCAUCAUGUUCAGUGUUUCUUUGCAAUAAAGUGAUCAGUCAAUUGGAAAGUGUU